CUUGUUUACUACAUUCACCAGCAAACUAAGAAACUCCAUCAAGUCUUCAACUAGGUCGGAGUUGAAUACUGGUAGAGUUUCCUAGAUUUAAAAUAGUUUUCCUGGUGCUAUUUCCAUAGCUCUAGAAAGGGAUAGAACUCAGAAGAUCGAGAGCUAGCUAGAUAGGGAAGUAAUGGAAGAUCUUCCACCUGGGUAUAGAUUCUACCCUACAGAGGAAGAACUAGUUUCAUUUUAUUUGCCCCACAAACUAGAUGGAAGGAACAUGGACAUGAACCGGGUUAUAAAUCGGAUCAUACCUGAGCUUGACAUAUAUGAGCAUAAUCCUUGUGAUCUCCCACGAUAUUCAGGAGAAGUCUGCCAUGGAGAUCAAGAGCAGUGGUUCUUCUUCGUCCCAAUACAAGAGAGUGAAGCACGGGGAGGGAGACCUAGAAGACUUACUACUACUGGAUAUUGGAAGGCAACUGGUUCUCCAAGUUGGGUUUUCUCUUCCAGUUCCGAAACUAAUCAUGGUGCCAUCGGCAUCAAAAGAACCAUGGUCUUCUACACUGGUAGAGCUCCCAAUGGAAGCAAAACCGAGUGGAAGAUGAAUGAAUACAAAGUCAUGGAAGAAGACAAUCAACUUCAUGCGCCAUGUUCAUCAUCAAACGCUGCUUCUGCUCCUACGUUAAGGAAAGAAUUCAGUUUAUGCCGAGUGUACAAGAAAUCGAAAUGCUUAAGGGCAUUCGACAGACGACCUCCAGGGAACGGGGAUAUCAUACCCAGACCUACAGUUACAGUCCCCUUACCAGCUGCGCUGCAGUUAGGUACAGAUCAUCGGGAGGGUUCUACUAAUCCAACGGUGAUAUAUCAUGCUCAGAACAGCAUCGCAGCUGUGCCAAAUAUAUAUGAUGUGGAAGUGGGGAGACGAAAUACUUUAAGCUCGUCUGGGAGUUCAUCCUCAGAAGCCUCUCAAUCAAUACAAAGCACCGGAAGCGUGUCAAUGGUCUUUGACAAUGGUGAACCUAUGUGGGAACUGGAUCAAUUCGAUUGGUCUUUCGGACAAGAUUGAAGAUUUUUUGUUUGAAAAGGAUCGGUCGAGGAAAUUAAGAACAAGGGGAAUAGUUGUUCAGUAAUUAGAGUGUCAACAAUUAAUGCAUGUGAAUUUCUAAUUAAGACAACUUAUUAAUUAAGAGAGUACGUUCGUUUGUGCUAAUUAUAAUUUAGGAAAAGUUACUAUAUAUGCAUACGGUGUUUGGGUUCCCAUUCCAUCAAUAAAUCCAAUAAAUAGUUAAGCAUUUGGUA